AUGAGUGCUAAUUUUCAAACAGAAGAGUUUCCGAUAUGGGCAUUGGUACCAAAAAAAGAGACUGGAGUCACAAAUUUCUUAGUUAAAAAUCCAUCUUAUGAUGGCCGAAAUGUGACAAUAGCCAUAUUUGAUUCCGGAGUUGAUCCUGGAGCUCCCGGUCUACAAGUAACAAGUGAAGGAAAACCUAAAGUUAUUGCAAGAUAUGACUGCAGUGGUGCUGGUGAUGUUGAUACUUCAACAGUAGUAACUAUAGAAGGAAAUGAAAUUAAAGGAUUAAGUGGACGCACUCUUGUGAUACCAAGUAACUGGAAAAAUCCUACUGGAAAGUAUCAUAUUGGGCUAAAAAACGCAUAUGAAUUAUAUACAAAAAAUGUUCAAAAGCGAAUUGAAGAAGAAAAAAAAGAAAAACAAUGGGAUCCAAUACACAAACCUUUACUAUCAAAAUCAAUUUUUGAACAACAGCAAUUCAAUAAUGAAAAUGAUUCUACCAAAAUCACACUAACAAGAAAUCAAAAAUUAAUAAAAGAUGACCUAGACAGUACUAUUGAUGCUUUACAAAACUUAGAAAAAAAAUAUAAGUUUAUUACUCCUGUUUACGAUUGUGUUGUUUUUCAUGAUGGAACUCAAUGGCAGGCAUGUUUGGAUACGUCUGAAACAGGGAAUCUGGCUUCGUGUAAACUUAUGGGAGAAUUCAGUGUAGAUCCAUUAAAUAAUUUUAGUUACAUAACUGCAUCAGAUCGUAUGAGCUAUUCAUUUAAUAUACAUAAUGAUGGAAAUUUAUUGGAAAUUGUAUCACUUGGAUCAUCCCAUGGUACACAUGUAUCAGCUAUUGCUGCUGGAUGUUUUCCUGAUGAACCAGAAAAAAAUGGAGUGGCUCCUGGUGCCCAAAUUAUAUCUUUAACUAUUGGAGACAGUCGCUUAGAGACUAUGGAAACUGGAACAGCAAUAGUCAGAGCAAUGAUUAAGGUUAUGGAACUUAGAAAAAAGUUUAAUAUAGAUGUUAUCAAUAUGAGCUACGGAGAACAUUCAAAUUGGUCCAAUGCUGGGAGGAUUGGUGAUAUUAUGAAUGAUGUUGUUGACAAGUAUGGAGUAACUUGGGUUGCGUCUGCUGGUAAUCAUGGACCAGCAUUAUGCACAAUUGGCGCACCACCAGAUAUAUCUAAAACAACAAUUAUAGGAGUUGGAGCUUACGUAUCACCAGAUAUGAUGGCAAUUGAUUAUUCUAUGGAACAAAAACUUCCAGCCACUACUUAUACAUGGUCUUCAAGAGGACCAACUAUUGAUGGUGCUAGGGGAGUUAGUGUAUGUGCACCAGGGGGUGCAAUAGCUUCUGUACCGGGAUAUAUGUUAAGAGGAUCUCAGUUAAUGAAUGGCACAAGCAUGUCAGCACCUCAUGUAGCUGGAGCAGCAGCUUUACUAAUAUCCGGACUUAAAGCAAAUAAAAUAGAUACAUGUCCAUAUUUAAUAAAAAGAUCAAUGGAAAACACUGCAUUAUAUCAAGAAAAAAUUGAUCACUUUUCUCAAGGACACGGUUUAUUACAAGUCGAAAAAGCAUUUGAUUAUCUUACUCAAUACCACACUGAGCAGGAAUCAUACGUCAAAUUUAUUAUAUCUUGUGGUAUUAAAGGGGAAAAAGGAAUACACAUCAGAAAUGCAUCUGAAAACCACAUAAUAAAAAGUGUAGUUACCGUGGAACCUGUAUUUUUAUACAAUGAAGAUAUUGAUGCAAAACAUAAAAUCGAAUUCCAAAUGAGCUUAUGCUUAAUUAGCGAUGAUUCUUGGAUAAGCGUACCCAAGUAUUUAGAACUAAUGUAUAUGGCACGAAAUUUUGUUAUAAAAAUUGAUCCUAGUGGAUUACAUUCCGGAGUGCAUACUUCUACCGUGAGAGCUUACGACACAAAAAAUUCUGCAAAAGGCCCUGUAUUUACAUUUGAAGUGACAGUUGUUCGACCUCUGUUCGCAAAUAAUUCUAGUUUUUUGUCUUUUGAUAACAUUGUGUUCGAACCAAAUUCAUUGAUAAAGAGACAUUUUGUAUUAGUACCCGAAAAAGUAACGUGGGCUACUCUUCAUAUACAACAUUUUGAACCAGAUGUAUGCGCUAAUUUCUGUCUACACACUGUACAAUUACUACCUCAAAAAUCAUGUAAAUUUAUGGAGUAUUGCAAAAUGUUCAAAUUGAAAGCCAAUGAAUUUCAAGCACAUUUUGCUAUUGAGGAAAAUGUGGUAUUAGAGAUUGCAUUGGCGAAGUAUUGGUCAAGUUCUUCAAAUAUAAAAAUUUCAUAUAAAUUACAAUUCCAUGGUGUUACACCCUUAAAUAGAAGUAUUGCAAUGUAUCACGGAAUGGGUUUACAGACUGUAACAUUGAAACCUGGUAUAAAAAAUGAAGAAAUCCUUCCUGCCGUUUCGUUAAAACAUCUUAUUACCGUUCUUAAACCAAAUGAAGGAAAAAUUAUUGCUUUAAGUAAACGUGACAUUAUUCCACCACACAGACCAAUUUAUCAACUAAUUUUGUCUUAUACAUUCUCUUUGUCAAAAUCAACUGAAGCAUAUGCAACUUGUGGAUUAUUUGGUGAACUUUUAUAUGAGUGUGAAUAUGAAUCUCAAUUAUGGAUGUUGUUUGAUUCUAAUAAACAGUACAUUAGUGCUGGUGAUGCAUAUUCUAGUAGACAUGUGUAUAAACUAGACAAAGGAGAUUAUACUAUUAAAAUGCAUAUACGACAUGAACGGCGAGAGUUACUAGAAAAAAUUAUAGAGAUACCUAUACAAUUGGUUCAAAAGUUACAAAAUCAAAUAAGUUUGGAUGUUUAUAGUAGUCAUCACCAAGCUACAAUUUUUGGAAAGAAAUCAUCAAGUCUUGUCAUCACCCCUAAUAGUGAAGUUGUUACACUGAGUAUUGGAUCACUACCCAAUGAUAAAAUAACAUCAUUGAAAUUAACUGCUGGUCAUUGCUUAUCUGGUAAUAUAGUAUAUGCUAAAGACGAACAAGGGAAAAAAGUUGAUACCUAUGAUUUCAAAUACUUUAUAACAGAUUCAUUAAAAUCGAAAAAUGGACCGAAAUCAGUUGAUGAAAGUAAAACAAAGCUUGAAGAAUUUAAUGAAGCAAUAUGUGAAGCCAAAACAAAUUGGCUAACAAAAUUGGAUUAUGGUCCUGAUUCUAUAAGUUUAUAUGACAAAUUAUUGGAAGAAUUUGGAGAUAAAAACUCUUCCGUUCAUAUAUCAUGGAUACAAUGUAUUGAACCUGAUGAUAAAAGAAAAUUCCCAAAUUGUUCAAUUAAAGACUUGGACUUAGAAAAAUUAUCUCUAAUAAUUGCUGCUGCCGAUAGUGUUCUAUCUAUUAUUAAUCAAAAUGAUCUCCUCGCAUUUUAUGGAAUUAAGUCUGAUCAAAGACCUGAAGCUUCUAAACUUAAAACGACUAACGAUCGCCUAAAAAAUAAUCUUAUUGAAGCUCUUAAUCGCAAAGGUGCUGCAUUGAGUCAAUUAUAUUAUUAUAAUUAUGUCAACACCAAAAAAACAAAUGAAAAUGAUCUUCAGAUCAUUGAUGACAUUUGGCUGCAGGUUACUAGUUAUAUUUCUCCAGAUUCUGAUUCAAAGAGCUUUAAUUACUUUAAUAUUUGGCAUGCAGCUGUAUAUCAGAAUUAUGGUCGUGUAAUGAAAAUCCUUUUGAAGAUGCUGGAUGAGAAAUACGUCAAAGACAUAGAAAAUUGCUUGUUGUGGGCCGUGAAAGUUAAGUUUGAUGAUAAUGAAUCCAAACAUUUGGUGAAUGCUAUUUCAAAUGCUCUAAUUGCGCAUUAUCCAAAAACUUUCCGUCCAUUUUAGUAUAGUUAAAUUUGUAACAGUUUUAGAAUAUAUUGUAAGAU